AUGUUGAGGGCAUUGCUUCUUCUUGCUGGCUUCCUCCUGUUGAGAGUUGAAGGACAGCAACCUGAUAACCUGCCUAGUAAUGGUGUUCAACUAUAUCUACCUUUUGUGAACAGGAUAAUACCUGAUUACUCUAUGAUAUAUGCUAGCCAGUUUUAUAAUACUGAUCAGAAUCAUGAUGCUGGAAAUACUAAUGAUGCUUUGUGGUUCUUCAGUCUCAGUUUUAAUGUCUCUAAUGGUCCUCCUACUACUGUCAGUUGUUCAGUGAAUGGGAAUGGAAUAUCUACGGAACUGUCUCGUGUGAUAGUGAAUGGGCCAAAUUCUACUACACAAGUGACAGUAACAGUGAGACUGAGAGAAGCUGGUAACUAUCAGUGUACUGUUUCUAAUGACAGAGUAGAGGAUGGUGAUAAUGGUGUUAUAGGAGGUGUUCUGGCACUAAGUAGUACCACAUCAUUUAAUUUAUCAGUAUCUGAUACUCCAACUGGUUUAACUGCUACAAGAUUAAGUACUGGUUUAGCUCAUGUAAGACUCUCCUGGUCUACUGUAUCAGGAGCUACUGGUUAUGAGGUCUACUAUCAACUGUUUAGUAAUACUCCUGUUAGUGUAGGCACUACUGUAUCAACAACAAUCAAUAUAACAUCAGGAUUGUUUCAAGGGAUUACAUACACUUUCUAUGUAGUAACUUAUGGAUCAGCUUCUCUACCUAGUGGUAAUGCUUCAGUUAUGUUGACAAUUAGUGAUCCAGUGGUUACUGAUUUUAUGACCACUCUAAUUGCAGCUUCUACCAUUACAUUAACAUGGAGUCCACCAACUGCUCCCCUACUGCACCAGUGGAUGAUAUUAUAUUCUCAUCAGUAG